AUGACGAACUUUUCGCAAAUCAACAUAACGACGGAAGUCCCUUAUCUUAACGUGUCGGGUGUUUCGGAUUUCACGUCAGAUGAACCUAGUUACGCCGAGGAAACCGCGACUGAAACAUCAACUGAGGUCGAUGACAGUUAUUCCUACGACUAUAGCUGGGAUAUUGAUGUACCCGAUAGUGUAUACAUUGUCGUGUUGGGCAUUGCGUCUGUGCUCAUCGUGGUGGGCAACCUUUUGGUAAUUAUUGCUGUAUUCAAACAACCAAAACUACGACGUUCCGCUACAAACCUGUUCAUCGUAUCACUGGCCUUUUCAGAUCUUCUUAUCGGACUCUGCGUCGGGCCGAUGGAGCUCAUUCGGAUAAUGGGUUCCAGGCUGCUGGUCACAGUUGAAGCUUUGUGCGAUAUUCCGGGCGUUCUUCAAUAUACCAGUAUCUGCACCACCAUAUUUACACUUGUGGCAAUAGGUGCGGACCGCUACCGCGCUAUUGUACAACCAAUGAAGCCACGCGUCUCCGUGCAUAAAGCGCGAGUGUGCAUAGUUGGCAUUUGGGUAUUGGGGUUUGUGUACGCUGCGUAUCGAUUUCCGGUGCAUGGAGUGACAUUCUGGUAUGGCAAGACAGAAAAUGACAGUCGUUUGUACUUCUGUGAGGUGCUUCCUCAGAUGCAUUUUAUAGAGAUCCCGAUGACUGUUGUACACCUCGUGGUUCUAUACAUUGUUCCGCUGAUUACGUUGACGUAUCUUUACGGUAGAAUGAUCGUCACGCUAUACGGCGGGACGUCGAUCAACGACGAGUCUAAACGUAGAAAGAAACGAGCAGUCAAGAUGUUGUUACUUGUUGUCGUAAUGUUCGCUCUCAGCUGGCUGCCGUAUAGAGUCCACGCUGUGCUGUAUUUCUACGAUGAAAGCUGGUUCACCGAUUCCUGGUUCAUAUACAGUUUAUUUUACUUCGCAUAUCUCUCGAACAGUUUCGUCAAUCCGAUAAUCUACGCUGCUUUCAGUGCGAGUUUCCGCCGGGAAUUUGCUACGAUCUUGACUUGUGGCUUACACGAAGCGCUCGUGAAGAGGAGGCGACGGGGUGUGGAGCUGCUUCAAACACCUAAGUCGCAAAGCGGCAGUACCGUCACUGGCAUGACCCAGGUCACUGGAACUGGUAGUAGCGUUUAUCGGAGCGAAAAUAGCAUGGCUAUGGAGAGCUUUAAAAGAAAGAAUGCUGUGAAAAGCAAACAUGUAGUCAUGGAAAUGGAUGGUAGCUCAGUUUGCGAGAGGCAGGACGAGUCCUCCAAUUUUGGGCCACAGCUGCACCAAACUAUCAAACCUGAAAAUAUUUCUUACGACAACACAUGCUUCACACAAACUGAAGAUCAACAUGUUUUGGGAACGAUCACUGAAGAAACUGGGAACUCAGAGCAACAUGUGGACUAUACACAUCAAACGAUAUCGUCUAAAACCAUGACGAACUUUUAUGCGAGGGACUGGAAUGCAAGUUUUACAACGAACAAAACAAUGGUUUAUUUGAGUUGUGGCGCCGACAUAAUUCGGGACUAA